CAGGAGGGGAACUGCCCUUGUCAAAUCUGCAGCCAUUACCUGGAGUACAAACCUUGCCCCCAAGAGUGCCUCUUGGUUGUAUGGAGGAGCAAACAAAUAUUGGGCAUGAUGGGCAAAUCAGUGCUGCAUAUCCAGGGUCAGAGAUGCCCACCACAUUGCUUCCCUCAGGUCCAGAUUUCCAGAGAUGCUUGGCCCGUGCUACUCUACUUCCUCCUCUGCCACAUCCCCAAGUCAAGGGGAAACAUCCCAUGAACUCAUCCAUGACAGCAGCUGGUCAAGAGGAUCACGUGGCUACCAAGAGAUACAGUGACCCACUUGGCAUGGGAAUUCUCCAAGAGCCACUUGGAUGUGGGAAUACGCCAAGUCCCAUUCCUGAGCUGUGUGCUCAGGGACUGGCUCUGGGGGGCCGACUCUCUGCUGCAGAUACCAUGAUGUCUCCUGUGAUGGACACAGCUGGGCCAGCAUGGUCAGCAGACAACAAGAUUGAGGCAGCUAUGUCUGAGCUGGUGCCGGAGCCCCGGCAAAAACCAGCAGUGCCAAUGAAACCUGUUGGCAUUAACUCCAACCUGCUGGGCUACAUUGGGAUCGACACCAUCAUUGAGCAGAUGCGCAAGAAGACCAUGAAGACGGGCUUUGACUUCAACAUCAUGGUUGUAGGUCAAAGCGGGCUGGGGAAAUCAACACUGGUGAACACCCUCUUCAAAUCCCAAGUUAGCCGCAAGUCUUCAGGCUGGAACCGUGAGGAGAAGAUCCCUAAGACAGUGGAGAUCAAGGCCAUUGGGCAUGUCAUUGAAGAAGGUGGUGUCAAGAUGAAACUGACGGUAAUUGACACCCCCGGGUUUGGUGACCAGAUCAACAAUGAGAAUUGCUGGGAGCCCAUUGAGAAAUACAUCAAUGAGCAAUAUGAAAAAUUCCUGAAAGAGGAAGUGAAUAUUGCAAGGAAGAAACGAAUCCCAGACACGAGAGUCCACUGCUGCCUCUACUUCAUCUCCCCCACGGGUCACUCCUUGCGACCCCUGGACCUAGAGUUCAUGAAACAUCUCAGCAAAGUAGUAAACAUCAUCCCUGUUAUCGCUAAGGCAGACACCAUGACCCUGGAAGAGAAGACUGAGUUCAAACAAAGGGUGCGCAAAGAACUGGAGGUGAAUGGGAUCGAGUUUUACCCCCAGAAAGAGUUUGAUGAGGACCUGGAGGAUAAAACAGAGAAUGACAAAAUCAGGCAGGAAAGCAUGCCGUUUGCAGUGGUGGGCAGCGACAAGGAAUACCAAGUAAAUGGCAAAAGAAUCCUGGGCAGGAAAACUCCCUGGGGCGUCAUUGAAGUGGAAAACCUCAAUCACUGUGAAUUUGCCCUACUUCGAGAUUUUGUCAUCAGGACCCACCUCCAAGACCUAAAAGAAGUGACGCACAACAUCCACUAUGAGACCUACAGGGCCAAGCGGCUGAAUGACAAUGGGGGGCUCCCCCCAGUGACCACCGAGACAGAGGAGAACCACGAAAGUAAUCUGUGAAUCACUCCUCCCACUGUCUCGAUAUUACAACCUGUCCCAGCUACCCUUGACUUUACUGUAGGCCUGUCUCCAAAGCAUGUGGCACAUCCUUUCUGUGUGUGUAUGUAUGGGAGAAGGAGCAGGGGCACACCUCUCUCCUUCCUAGAAUGUCGUCAUUCUUGUUUUUUUGCACAGCAGGCUGUUUGUUGUC